CAUACGCUUCGAGCGAAAAGUGAUGAACAGCCUUAAUCAUUUGAACUUUCACUUUAAAAGUAUUCUCCAUUUUGAUACGUAUAGUUUCCAGUUGUGUAAGAUGGAUGGUAGAUUAAAUCGGUUUUGAUUGUUAAGACUAAUUUAAAAGUGUAAGAAAUAUAUUAAAUCGCCAAUCGGAAAUAUAAUUCUGUAAUUCCCCGAAUUAUAACUCUAUAAAAGCCCAUUGUAUAUAAAAAUAUUGCGCAGUCUACUAAUAUCAGUUCGCCAUAUUGGGUGUGAAAAGAGUUCAGAUAAAUGUUAACUUAUAGAAUAUAUAAUAUAAUUUAAAUUGUAACGCAUUUAUAAUAUAAUAAUUUAUAGUCUUAAUAUUUGUAAUUAAUAAUGGGCAAAAAAAAAGGAAAGAAGCGAAGCUCAAAUCUUCCAUCUGCAGAUCCCUCUAGCCAUUCCCAACAGGAGCAGGGAACAACACAACAAGAACAAUCGUAUCAGCAGUCGUCAACACAACAUAGUGGACAUGAGAAAAAUCAAGAAUCAAGACAGCCACAGCAGUCGAGUCAGCAAUUACAACGAUCUCGUCAACAUGUUGAAGGUCAACAUAUGGUGCCAUCUUCAUCACAAGUAUCACAAGCAACAUCAACUUCAUCAGCACCACAACAAACACAACCAAUAUCGUUUGCUUCGAUGUUAUCAAAGUCAUCAUCAACUCCAUCACCAUCAACUUCAUCAGCACCACAACAAUCACAAUCAUCGCAUAAAUCACAACAAUCAUCAGAAUCGUCAUCAAAAAGAUUACCAUCGCCACAAAGAUCACAACUACCAUUAAAACAAUUAGAAAUAUCAUCGCAAAAAUCACAACCGUUGCCACAACAAUCACAACCGUUACCACAAAAAUCAAAACCGUUGCCACAAAAAUCACGAUCACGGGCACAAAAAUUACAACCGUUGCCACAAUCACAACCGUUGCCGCAAAAAUCACAACCAUCCCCACAACAAUCACAACCGUUGCCACAAAAAUCACAACCGUUGCCACAAAAAUCGCAACCGUUGCCACAAAAAUCGCAACCGUUGCCACAAAAAUCGCAACUGUUGCCACAACAAUCACAACCAUCCCCACAACAAUCACAACCGUUGCCACAAAAAUCACAACCGUUACCACAAAAAUCACAACCGUUGCCACAAAAAUCACAAUCAUGGGCACAAAAAUUACAACCGUUGCCACAACAAUCACAACCGUUGCCGCAAAAAUCACAAGCAUCCCCACAACAAUCACAACCGUUGCCACAAAAAUCGCAACCGUUGCCACAACAAUCACAAUCAUGGGCACAAAAAUCACAACCAUUGCCACAAAAAUCGCAACCGUUGCCACAACAAUCACAACCGUUGCCGCAAAAAUCACAACCAUUACCACAAAAAUCACAACCGUUGCCACAAAAAUCGCAACCGUUGCCACAACAAUCACAACCGUUGCCGCAAAAAUCACAACCAUUACCACAAAAAUCACAACCGUUGCCACAAAAAUCGCAACCGUUGCCACAACAAUCACAACCGUUGCCACAACAAUCACAAUCACAAGCACCAGUACCAUAUACUGCAAUACAAGAAAAGUUAACAAAGUCUGUAGCUGGUCAGUUGGCUCUUAGUAUACCUGUAAGGAGAAAUCCUAACGUAUGUGGAACACUUGGUCGACGUAUAAUGGUCGAAGUCAAUGUGAUGGGAUUGGAAUUAAAAAAUUUAAAAACAAAUGUUACUCAAUAUGAUGUAACUAUUACUCCUGAUAAGCCCAAGUUUUUAAGAAGAACUGUUUUUGAAGCAUUUAGAAAGAAAAAAUUUCCAACUCGUAACCCAGCGUAUGAUGGAAAUAAGAUUGCUUAUAGCGCAAAUGACUUGCCAUUUCCUACAUAUAUAAAUGAUAUAGUUACGAUUCUUGAUAAUAAUCAAGAAAGAGAAUUUCAAGUUGAAAUGAAAAAAACUACUUCUAUAGAUUUUUCAUUUCUAAAGGAUAUAAGACCUGGUUUUAAUGAGACAUUAGCAGUUCAGUCUGGAAUGCAAGCUCUUGAAGUCAUCUUGCGCCAUGGACCUCUAUCAUAUUGUAUUCCGGUUGGUAGAUCAAUAUUUUGGCCACCAAUAAAUAAGCCAGAAAAUUUGACAAAUGGUAUGGAAUUGUGGGUAGGUUCAUUCCAAUCUGCUGUAUUAGGAUGGAAACCUUUAUUUAAUAUAGAUGUUGCACAUAAGGGUUUUCCCAAAUCUCAAAAUGUUAUUGAAUUACUGAGAGAAAUGUGUUUACGUGGAGAGAACAGAGAUAUUACUCCAGACGAUGUAUAUCAGUAUGUAGAUAAAAUAAAAAAACAUUUAUUUGGAUUAAAAGUUCAUUAUGUGAUACCAAAUAUACCAUCAUCCAAGCGAACACAAAUAGUGCGUGGUUUCGUUGAUUGUCCAAGGAAAAAUGUAUUUUCACGUGCUGAUGGAACAUCGUGUACUAUUGAGAAGUAUUUUAGAAAUGAAAAAAACUAUGUAAUACGUUAUCCUUAUUUGCCUUGUUUAUGGAUAGGGCCAGAAAAUAAGAAAAUAUAUGUACCUCCAGAACUUUGUACAAUAGUACCUGGACAAACAGUUCGAAAAAAAAUGGAUGAAAUACAAACUUCUAAAAUGAUAAGAUUCGCAGCAACAUCUACUGACAAACGUAAAGAAAAGAUAAUGGAAGGUUUUCGAGCAUUGAGAAUAAAUGAUCAUCCAACUAUGAGAAAUGAAUUCAAUUUCUCUAUAAAACCAGAAUUUGAAAGGGUACCGGCUAGAGUAUUAGAUGCUCCUAAAUUGAAUUAUAAUAAUAAUAAUAUUGUGUCUGUAACGAAGGGUGUUUGGAGGCCGAAAAAAUUUCUAAAUCCAAGUACUUUAUUUGAUAAUCAAUGGACUAUUGUAAAUUUAGUUGAUAAAAUAAUAAGAGACAGAGAACUAUACAACUUAUGCAAUAUGCUGCAAGAGGGUGCAAAAACGGUUGGUAUGGUUAUGGGCGAUGCUUUAAAACCGUUUCAGUCUUGCUAUAAUAACGUGACUAACUUGUUGCAUUGUUUUGGAAAAUUGAAAGAUAAAGGGGUAAAACUUAUUAUAGUUAUUAUUCCAGACUUUAAUGACUCAUAUAGUACAGUGAAGCAGGUCACUGAAUUACGAUUAGGUGUACUUACACAGUGUAUUAAAUCUAUAACUGUUCAAAGAAAAUUGAAUCCAGCAACGAUAGGAAAUAUCCUUUUGAAAAUAAAUUCUAAACUUAAUGGUGUAAAUCAUGAAAUUUCUGGUCAAGUUAGACCUAGUAUUUUAACACCAGAUUGUAUUUUGAUUGGCGCUGAUGUAACGCAUCCUUCACCAGAUUCUAAAGAUAUACCUUCUAUAGCUGCAGUUGCUGCAAGUUGUGACAGAACUGCAUUUAGAUAUAAAAUCGAAAUUAGACUUCAACAACCAAGACAAGAAAUUAUUAAUGAUUUUGCGGAGAUUGUUAGCAAAUUGUUGAAGUAUUAUCAUAAAACCAUGGGAAUCUACCCAAGGAAAAUUAUUGUUUAUCGAGAUGGCGUAAGUGAAGGACAGUUAACUCAGGUGUUACACUUUGAAUUAUUAGCCCUUCGAAAAGGAUUUGACUCAGUAUCUACGGACUAUAAUCCCCUAAUCACUUUUCUUGUAGUGCAAAAAAGACAUCAUAUACGAUUUUUCCCUACAGAUACUAGAAAUUCAGAUGAUAGAAAUUUUAAUGUACAAGCUGGUACCAUAGUAGACACACACAUAACACAUCCUAGUCAUAUUGAUUUUUACCUUGUAUCACAUGCAAGCAUUCAGGGUACUGCGCGACCUACCAAGUAUAAAUGCGUAUUUAAUGAAUUAAAUAUGACAGAGGAUCAAAUCGAAGAACUUACAUAUUAUUUGUGUCAUAUGUUUGCACGAUGCACAAGAUCAAUUAGUUAUCCAGCACCAACAUAUUAUGCCCAUUUAGCAGCAUUUCGAGCUAGAGCAUUUAUACAAAAUGUUCCAAUUAAAUUACACGAGUUAUCAAAAGAACAAGAAAAAGUAAGGGUUGUAUUAAAUGAAGAUGUUCCGAUGUUUUACGUUUAAAGAUUACAUCGAUAUAUACAUAUAUGUAGAGAGAGAGAGAGAGAGAGAGAGAGAGAGAGAGAGAGAGAGAGAGAGAGAGAGAGAGAGAGAGAGAGAGAGAGAGAGAAA